AUGGAGGUCCAACGAAAAGAGUUGCUCGAGGAGGUCAUGACGUGGCAUCACCGUAUGUUCCACGAGCUCCUGGCCCAGCAUCACCAGCUUGUGGAAGCACACAUUGAUGUCUUUGGCACCCAUCCUUUCACGCAACGAGAAUGCCGGUCAGUGAACAAGGAGAGCUUCGAGGAAACCAUCAACCCGAACACUACCUCGGACAACAUGACAAUCUCGGAUUUCAUCGUCGACCUAUGCGACGAACAUGUUGGCGACGACGGGAGUUGCACCGUGGACCAGUUCUACCGCGUCCUUGACACUAUUUCUGCGCGGGCAGCAUCGGAACUCAAACUCACGACGGGCGACAAAAUCCGCACGUGCUAUGUGAUCGACCGCACACUCAACUCGAAGCGCAUGUCCGAAGGGGACGUGCGCAAACUGUCGGAGCAUUACCAGUCGAAAGGCGUGCACAUGUUGCUGCAGUGGGUGGUCGAGGCGGCGUGGAAUCCCCACGAACACGACUGUGCCAACCUCCUCCUCCGGUUGCUCAUCUCGCUUCCACCAAAGGACUCCGUCGUGCGACGGGAGUUUGCAGGCAUCCUCACGGAGCAACUCCCGCAUCGCCACGGCACCACGCGCGAGUUGCUGCAGCAAUUGCUCACGGCGUUCCAGUAG